GAUGAACAAAUGUCAAGCGAAGUUGAUUAUGCGAGAUUAUCAUCUGAAAAUCGUGAACUGAAGGCGCAAAACGAACGACUGGAUAAUGAAUUGAAUUCCCUCAAAGAUCGAUUGUUUGUAUUAGAAAAAGAAAAAUUGGACAAUGAAAUCGAAGUGUCGGAAGCAAAGCAACGGAAUGCUCUAUUCAUGGAUCUGGACGAAGAUUGGAAGAAAAAAGAAACCGGUUUUAUUGAAAGGAUUAAACAGUUGGAAAUUUCGCUCGCUAAAACCGACGCCGAAAAGUUCGACGACCUUCACAAUGAGGUAAAAUAUCAUGAGAUCUCAGUUUGA